GCCAUGGAGCUCACCAUGGAGAACCUUCACAGCGUCUCGUCACACUCCCAGGCGGGAGACCUCAUGAACUCUCCGCAUGCUCGGCCGUCGCCGUCCCCCAGCUCUACUCCCCGGAAUCUUGUCUCGCACGCUCCCGGCGCGCGGUCGGCCAUGGUCUCCGGCAUGCCCUCGCUUCUGGAGGGGUCCGGGGGAGACUACCGGACAGACCCGUCCGCGUUGUCCGGACACCUGCACCCGUCCAUCAGCAUGUGCGAAACCGGGAUGAGCCUUAGCAACACAUACACAACCCUGACCCCCCUGCAGCAUCUACCUCCGAUAUCCACAGUGGCGGACAAGUUUCACCACCCGCAUUCACACCACCAUGCUGCCGCCCACCAACGACUCUCGGCCGGGAACGUGAGUGGGAGCUUCACGCUGAUGCGGGACGACCACCGUGGUCUUACCUCCAUGGGCAAUCUGUACAGUCACUACUCUAAAGAAAUGUCAGUGUCCGGUAUGGGCCACGGCUCGCUGUCCCCGCUUUCCAGCGGCCUGGGCUCUCUGCACAACUCCCAACAGCCGCUCUCAGCCUACGGCCCCAGCGCGCACCUUCCCGCCGACGCCAAGAUGCUUUCUCCGGUGUCAGGCUUCGAGACCCACGCAUCCAUGCUGUCCCGAAGUGACCAAGAGCAUCUGGCCAGGAGUUUAGGGGGACAUGGCCACGGCAUGAUCUCCAACAUCAGCGGCAUGCAUCAUCACCCGCACGGUCACCUUCACUCGCAAGCAAACGGCGCAGUAAUGCUGGGGGACCGGGAGAGACACGGCCACGGACCCAGCCAAGGAGUAUCAGGGUCAGGCAUUCAGGCUGAGGAGAUCAACACUAAGGAGGUGGCACAGAGAAUAACAGCAGAGCUGAAGCGCUACUCCAUCCCGCAGGCCAUAUUCGCCCAGAGGAUCUUAAGCCGGUCGCAGGGCACCCUCUCGGACCUGCUACGGAACCCCAAACCUUGGAGUAAGCUCAAGUCAGGACGGGAGACCUUCAGAAGGAUGUGGAAGUGGCUGCAGGAGCCCGAGUUUCAGCGGAUGUCUGCUCUCAGGCUGGCAGCAUGUAAACGCAAGGAGGAGGACCGAGGACGGGAGCGGAACCAGGUGCCAAAGAAGCAGCGACUGGUCUUCACCGACCUGCAGCGUCGCACCUUGGUAGCCAUCUUCAGAGAGAACCGCCGGCCCUCCAAGGAGAUGCAGCUCACAAUCUCCCAGCAGCUGGGCCUGGAGCUCUCCACCGUCUCCAACUUCUUCAUGAACUCACGCCGCCGUUGUCCAGAGCGCUGGGACGUAGAGGAGCACAGUCUCGGGGCGCACGGCCACGUGCACACACCCCACGGAAACAGCAGCAACAACAACAACAAUAACGGCGCCUCACCAAUCCAACCCGGUACCUCCUCUGCUGUCUCCUUCUCCAAGGCCUGACGUCUGCAGGACGGAUGUAGAGAGGAUGGAGGGUUCCUUUCUGCUAAGACUCUCCGUCACUGCAGAGCUACCGAGCGCUGUGGCUUCAGACCACUCAACUGAUCCAUCUGUUCAGAGUACCGAGGACUCUGUGCAGAUGGAUCAGACCUUCUCGGUGUUAUCUUUUGACCCGAAUGCCACUCUUAGGGGCUAACUUGCAUUUUCAAAAUGUGACUCUUGAAACCAAAGAUCCAACAACCACAUGUAGCCGUCAGGAAAAAAAAAAUCAUCCUGAAAAACCAAAGAGCAUCCAUUUACACUAACCGCGCUGUGGGUGUGCGUGGAAACAUGGACAAGAGAGAAAGAGAGAGAGAGAGAGAGAGAGGGUUUUGCGUCAGGAAACAAGUAGCUUUAAAGACAACAGGCCUGGAGCGGUCUUCACAAAUAAUCAUACAGCAGGUGUAUCUGCAGGCCUGCGAUCAGCGACACCCGCGUUUCAGUGCCACGCUGAGACUGAUUGAGAGGUGCGUUUAUGUGUGACGUAUACGUGAAACGAUCUCCGCAGAUCGUCCGCUACCUGUGCGUAACGUUCACAUCGCCCACAGUGGGGGUGUAUUAUUAUUAUUAUGAUUAUUAUUAUUACUAUUCCUCUGCAGCCACUCAGCCCGCUGCACGUCGGAGUAACAGCGCCAUCUGCUGCCCAGUCUAACCACACGCCAACCUGUUCUCAGCGCGCCGGCGUUGCUCCUCACACAGCUGCAGAUUGCCACCCAGAGAACCAAACAGGAGGAGAAAUGGUUCAAACACACUCAUCCAAACAUCCAAUGACACACAUGCUGAAUGUUUGCUUCUUUAUAUACACUGAGUGGCUGCACGGCCACAGACUGCAUAGUCACUUGAAAGGUUAUUUUCAGGUUACAAAAAGGAGAACAAUCAAACAGGGAUGACAUGCCACACAUAAAAAAAGUGUUGUCCUCGAGUGAAGGGAGUGAGGGAAGGUGGGUGCAUUCUGUUCUAGCGGCCAAACACAGAGGUCAAAUGUCACAAUAUAGGAUCCUGAGUGCCAAUGAUGUUUGCCUCUUUAUGAUAAUCAGAGAACAGAUGCAGCCCACUUAGUCCCCCCCACCCCCAGUGUGCCCUGCAGUGUCUGGUCUGUGUCAUUACACACCUACAAAUUGUGAGCACUAUACGGCAUGUUUGCCUAUUUCAUACCUCAGAAAAAAAACUAAAAAAAGAAAAGAAAAACAUUGAUGUGAUCCACAUGAAACACAAUGGAAAUGUCUGUAAAUAAUCUUUAAUUUCAUCUCUCUUUCUCUCUGUCUUAUCUAUUCUCAAUUUAUCUACUCUCUUGAUAUGUGUCUUUCUUUCAUUUUCUUUUCCCCCUCCCCAACUAAUUGAUGCGGGUAAUAAUAGUACCAUAGACACAUGGUUUCUUUCUCGUGACUAUUGUGCUAUGUUGUGCUGAAACAAUAUAUAAAGAAGCACCUUGUUGACAAAAUGUAAGAACUUAAAGAUAAAAAAAAUGAAACAAAAUCAAAACAGACAAAUCAUCAUGUCAUAGACUGAUCCUAUGCACAGACAAGGAAGGGAUACCAAACAGAGACAAACUGUGCAUAUUUGUGAAUACCUGUUUGAUGGAACAAACGGACUGCGUGGAUGUGAAGGACCUCUUCCUUGAUCUUUAAACUUUGACCUCUUUGAAAUGGACAGUCACUGCAUUCCUCUGCUGAUUGUUUUCUUUGGUCACCAUAUGAAUUGCCUGAUUUUUUUUGUGUCUUUUUAUAACAUUUUUUUCUGUGUGUGUGUGUGUGUGUGGGCAAAGCCACUUGUUGUGUAGCAUCUUCUAGCGGGAGAUAAUCAUAUAAGGGAGGAGACACAGACAGGAGGAGAAAGGGUGAAGCAGGGGAGGCGGCAGCAUCAGAGGCCCAUCAUGAGACUGGAAGGUAGCAAGUGACAUUCUCCAUAAACCCAUAAACUGGGAGGUGUAGUGCACGGAAACAGGUUGUUGUCAUUUGGGAAUGAUUUUGGAGUCUAGACGGAGGAAAACUGCAUUUUAAAAAAAAAGUUAAAACCCAAAGCAGAGUGUCGGUGAGGGAAAUAUGUGUGUGUGUGGCUACCUCACAGAAAAUAACCAGACAGUGACCCAGCCGUAAAUACCAAAGAUAAUCCACGCCUGCUGUGUUCACACUGGACCUGGGAUGUACACACACACACACACACACACACACACACACACACAGACACACACACACACACACACACAUGCAGAGUUGCAGACAGAUGCAGAUUUGGAUGCACGCACUUCCACGGAGCAGUCGUGCUUGCAUAGCAAACACAGCCUGUUUGUUAUGUGGGAAGAGUUGAGUGCCUUUUUCCUUCAACCAGGGGAUGGACUGCUCUGAUCACACACAAAUAUGCACACACACGUUUAAA